AUGAGUCCAGAACAUUUUCAUUAUCGUUUACCAUUUUUUGCUAAAGUUAAUUCAGAUACAAAUGUUACUAUAAAUAGUGAUAUGCAAGAUAUGCUGGUUUUGAUUAUUGGGCUUUUGAUACUUAUUGUGCAUUUGGACCAAAUUGUACAAAUAUAUUUCAUUCUAUUAACUUUGUGGUGGUGGAUGGGAAGAUGGUGGAAUUUUGCUAUUCAAAGUGGUGGAAAAGUUGUCAUACCACUUCCAACUGGUUGGGAUCCACGUCCACGAUCUGAACAUUCUGUACCAUGGGUUGAUCAAGGUCCAGAACAUUUCUUACAACCAACUGCAAAAGAAUUACAAAACUUUUUUCAAAGUUCAAUACAGUUGACUUGCAUAAAUAAGAAUAUUACUGAAACUCAAACAGUCAUUGUUUAUGCUUGGAAUGAAAAUAGUGAAAAUGGUACAUACUAUAUUAAUGCACUUUCAGAAAUACUUCCAAUGUCGUGUUAA